AUAGAUGUUUUAUUUUCAGUAUUCCGUCAAUGUCAUAAUAGAAUAAUUACAAUGUUUUGAAAAAAUGCGGUUCAUGAAAUUAAGAAAUAUCCUAAACGAAGGUAGAAAAUUGUUACCUGUGGAAAAUACAAAAUAUGUUCGGAAUUUUGGAAUAACGAGCAUUAAACGAAGUCCUGGUGCAUAUGAUGCUGAUGGUAAAACCAAGGUAUCAAUAUUAAAUACUAGCUUGGAAAAUGGUCUAAUGAUCACAGGAUAUAGUCAAUACGGAUUUCGGCUCAACAAUGAUGUAGUUGUUAUGGGACCUAUAGCUAUAUUUCCUCGAUCAAUACUAUCUUGGCAUGUUAAUUCCUUUGAGGAUAUAAAUGAAAACAGUUUGUCGAUAUUUUAUGCAUUAGAACCAAAAUUAGAUGUUCUUGUUCUCGGUAUCGGAGAUCAAGCUCCAUCGCCAAAUUUUUCGAAAAAAAUAAUGGAAUUUAUGAGAAACUACAAAAUAAAUGUCGAGAUAUUGCGCACUGAACAGGCAUGUGCGACUUUCAAUUUGUUGAAUUCUGAAAACCGUAUGGUAGCUUCUGCUUUAAUACCUCCUUUAUAUAUUUCAUACAAUGAGAAUGAUGUUCUUCAGGCAAAAUUGCGGAAAAAAGAUCUAUACAAUACUGAAAUUUAAUUCACAUUUAUUUUCCAGUAAAAAGUUGACAGCAAAUGUACAAAAACUUUUGUUUAAUUAUGUUAAAAAGUUAAAUUUUGCAUCGAUAUAACAUAAU